GAUCGAACCUGAUCGAUUUUAGACGGUUAGGUUUAACAAUCAAUCGAUACAUUAUACAAAUAAAGAAGUAACUAGUUUGUAAACGGUUUUAUGUUUAUUUAAACCGUUAAAGUUGAGGUUCAUAUAUUCAUGUAAGGUAAUAAAACUUUCAGUUUAAUUCUGUUACAGAAUUAAAUUUUUAUCUAGAGACACUGCUACGAAAUUUAGAGAGUAGAAUGCUGAAGAAAGAUUGGACGAAAAUAGACCAACGCGCGUCACAGGCAAAAGAAGAACAUGGUAAGACGUAUGAUGGGUUGAUUAAUUUUAUAGGAGAGCCGGUAAAAGAAAACAUAGACCGGGAUAUUUAUAUGACAAGAGGAUUGUUAUACUGGUUGAAGUGUCAAGCCAAUCUGAAGAAAGAGCACGGGAAAGACUCACCACUGACAUUGGCAUUCAAAAUGUACAACGGAAAAAUAGGAUAUGCCGAGGCUUUUACAACUCUGUGCACAAAAGCAAAAAUUCAGUGUGAGACUGUCAAAGGCGUCGCGAAAACUGGUGAUUAUAAGCCCGGGGAUCUAAAAAUCGACAAUGAAAAGAUGUAUUCUUUUUGGAAUAAGGUUAAUCUUCUCGGUAAAUGGUGGCCAAUUCACCCAAGAUAUGUUUUACGGUCUAUAAAGGGUCCUGUGCAACCAUCUGGGUAUACACAGAUCGAUUCUGACGUCAAACACAACUCAGAAGCCCAAUCAACACAGGCAAACCAAACGGAAUACACCUUCAACGACUUUUGGUUCCUUUCUGAUCCUGCAAUAUUCAUUCACAAGUGUUAUCCCGACAAUCUGGAAGAUCAGAUGCUCCCUGCAGCCAAACGAAUAAAGAAAUCUCGACAAUUCAUGAAAUUACCUUAUCUUACACCGGUGUUCCAUGAAUUCAAUCUUAAAAUGACAAGCGAGGAGACUUGUAUUGUCGACACCAUAGAUGGUCUCGCGAAAAUAUCGUUUAAGGCGAGCAGAAAAAUAGCAAAGACAAUGAUAUGUGACUAUUCAUUGAGUAUAGGCGAAAGACUUGGAACAGAUGCGUCACCAUUUGAUUUUGAUUCUGCGAACCUUGUUUUCUCGUCCCGUAAAAAGAAUCAAUUUAUUUUUGAAGUACGAUGUCCUGUCGAGGCCAACUAUCAGAUAUCUAUAAGCGGUGGGGACAUUGAAAGUAAGAGCAAGAAAGUUCUUAUCAAGAGUAAGAUCGUCUGCAAAGAAAGGAUGUCAGAUGUACGCACUUUACCAAUCGACGCGGGACAAAUAGGUUGGGGAUUUGGACCAGUUGCUGUCAAAGCUGGAUUGUCAAAGCCAAAAGUCAAAGAACCAAAGCUUUUUAUACAACCUUUGUCAGCCGGAAAGGGUGGCAAAACAACAAUGAAAAUGAGGUUCAAUAUUGACAAAGAUGCUUUGAAAACAACGAAAUAUUCUGCCGAAAUAUGUGUAGAUGGGAAACCGGUUGAUCGCUCUCAAGAAUAUGUUAAGACAAAUAUCAAGUCGGGCGAGCUCCAGGUUGACUGUAGUGUCCCAAGUGACGGUGAAUAUGCCUUGAUAAUCAAAGCCAAAGACAGCAAGGAACCAGAAUUUAAGCCAAUCUGCAACUAUCUCCUAACAACAUUAGAAAACGAGGAAAAAAUGUCCGAUGAAUACUACGAUUCUUCCGACGGUACCUCAGAUAUUGACGAGGAAAUCGACCAACUGGAGACAACUUUACAAGCAUUAACCGCUGAGAGGGAUAGACUUAAGCAAGAAGCGUCGAGGCAAUGAAUUUGUCCGGGAAUCGCCUUAACUAACAAAUGCAAGAACAUUUUAAUUGUUAAACAAGCAGAAGGUGUUUACCGUUUUUGUUCUAUUUCAAAAUAAUGUUUUUAGAAAUGUAAUUGUAUGGAACUUACUCAAAUUAAAAUAAU